AGACGUUGUUGCUGCUGCGUAAAAAUGCGCGUUCUGCUAUACUUCUGCUGCAGCUACUAGGCAGCUACUACCGUCAGUCGUACUCGAGUUGAGUAGUUGACGCGUUGUUGUUUCAUGCGCUCUCCAUACAUGGCACAGCUCUAUAUCCACUAUUCAAAGCAUUGACAGCUCCGCGUGAACUGUUCGCCUACCUCUUAAAUACGGCUUGAUUAUUGUCUUAUCGUUAUUUUUUUUACGCAAAGAUUGACGAGUAGCAAUUGGACAAGAUAAACCCCUCUUUACCUAUAAUGCCACCUGAUGUGCAACGCUAUUUAGUUAUCAUUGCUGCUUUGGAUUCUGGAAGCCAAGACCUUAUACUUAAAGCGUUGCCGCUAGCAAUGCUGCUCUUCGGGCUUUUUACACAAUAACAUGUGAAUUUUAGAAAUGUGCCAUCACUACUUUUCAACACGUUAGCCCUCAACGACGACUUUGGCAAAGAUAAAAAAUGUUCUGAUUGUCUCUUGAUAGCACUGGUAUAAGUUAUCUGAUAAUUGUGAAAUUACAUCAAUUAUUACGCACCCUUCUAGCUAAAUUGAAUCAUGGAACUUCAUGAAAUUAAUGACAACAGUACUAAUAUAUUUUUCAACAAUGUCAGUAGUACUACAGCAGAUGAAAACAGCACAGAGAUCUUUCUCUUGAAUCAAACAGUAGAAAUCAGUACCCAAAGGAACAUUGAUCAUUUGAUGCCAAGCACUUUGAACUUGAGUAAAAUUAAUGAUACUCUUGAAAAAAUAGAUACUAGUACCACUAAUGUUAGUCUUUGCACUACUGUACCUGCUACGAGUACUGAAUAUCCUUUUGAUAAUUUUGGUCCUCCCGAUGGAAUAGAGUACAUUUUUGUACCUGUUGGAGUAAUGAUAUUUGUCAUUAUUUUAUCUGCUGCGGUACUAAUCAUAUCAAGAAAGCGCAAAUUAGAACGACUUCGACACAGACUUAUGCCACUCUAUAAUUUUGAUCCUGGAGAAGAAGGUGAAGACGAUUGGGAAACAGAAUUAUUGGAUGAAGGCUUCAACAGUCGUCAAAGACGACCAGGAUACCAAACCAUGGAUGAUGAAGAAAAUGUAGAGCUUUUUACUCCUGUACACUCUCAAAGCAGUUUUGGAUAAAUAUUAUCAGCUAAUGCUAUUUUUUCACCUGAAUACUAAUGAUUCUUUCAAAAAUGUGAAAUAAUAUAACUUAAGAAAGCUUCAAGUAAUUAAGCAUAAUCUAUUAAAAGAUUUAAUUUGACUAAAUACUGAGAAUGUGACAAUCUUUACGCCUGAAAUAUUUUUGGUUGAGUCAUUCCAGUAAUUACUAUAUUAGGUAAAUUCUGAAACAAGCUUUCCAAAAUUUUUAAUGUCUUUUUAUAUUGUUAUGUUAAUAUGUAAGAUUCUUGUGUAUAUACAUAUAAGUAUACUAGCUUAGUAAUGUAAUGGCUGCUGAAAUUAGCUGUAAUCUCUAGGCUAAUUGUAACAACAGACGUUAAUUGAAAUGUUUAUAAAUACUAGUCAAUUUUCUUAUCAAAUUAGAUAGAUGUUUUUAUCUUAAAAAAAAAUGAUGUAUACUUUAUUUGACUAUGCAUGAUAACCAAUGAAAAUGAAGUUUUUUGUUGAAAAAUAGAAACAUAAUUUGAAGUUUAAUGAUGCAGUAGGAUUAAACAAAAAUCCAAUUAUUGUUUUUUUUUGUUUUUUGAAGAAUUUAUUUACUUUAAUACAAAUUUGAUACUCAAACAAGCUAUUUUAGUAUUAUAUAUGGUUUUUUUGGAGAUAUUUAUCAAAGAAAGUAACUUUCUUUUUUGUCACCUUUUACAAUAUUGAUUUAGUCUUAAUAUUUAAAACUUGACUUGGUUAGUUUUGCACAUUAGUCAAGACAAUGCUAAAAACAUAAGAUAAAGUACAGAAAACAAAAAAAAAAGAGUAUAAAGAUUUAAAAAAAAUCUCAAUGAACUACAUCUCAUUAUAAAUAAGACACACAAUUUUUAAAUGCUUCUGAUUGAACAUAAUCAUAACACAGUUCUCAAGAUGAAUCAUGUUAUUUUUAUAUGAUUUCAUGGAAUAUACUUUUAAUGGUGAGGUCAAUUUAUUCAUGCAUCUGAUAUCUUUAUUUUUUUAUUGGUUUAGUGUGCUACCGAAUUAUAUAAUUAAAAAACGUCUAGAUGUAUUGAGAAAAAAA